AUGACAGGAGGGCCCGAGAGCUCGCUACCUGGCACCGACAACAUCGACGAGGACCCCGGCGACUCCAGUACGCACGCCUUCCUGCGGCGCGUCUCGACUCAUCUGAGUCUUGUCGGCAAGGUGCACCCGCGUGAAGUGACGCGGGAGCAGGAGAGCCUCGACGACGACGCACCUGACGACUCGGUCCUCCUGCUUCCCGAGCGGCACCAGGCGUCCGAGUAUGUUGACUGCUUCUUCAGCCACCUCAACGCAACCUACCGCUACCUGCCCCGUGCCAAGAUGGACCGGCUGGUUGGGCAAAUCUACACCAAUACGGCCGCCGCUAUGAAGGAUGACGCUACGCUAGGCCUGUUCCUCUCCGUCGUGUCGUGCGGAUGCGUCUGGAUGCCGUCGUGGAAGGGCCACGAUCUCGUCGUCUGCCGCGAUCGUGCGAACUUGAUGCUCCGUACGGCGGCCAAGAAGCUGCGUAAAGCGUCGACCAAGCUGCCGCCAACCAUGGUGCUCCUACAAGCCCGAUUCGCAUACUGCCAAGCCCUGAUUGCUUGCCAUAAGUAUGACUCGGCCUGGCUCGCUCUAGGUAAGACAAUCCGGCUCUCGCAAAUCAUUGGGCUGGGCAGGCGGCGCAUCGAACAGGCGCCCCUCGACCAAUUUGAAUGGCGAGGGCUCUUUUGGUCCAUCUUCAUGGCCGACCGGUACUUGGCCAUGUUCCUCGGCCGGCCGUUUGGCAUCAGCGCCCACGAUAUUUCCAUUCCCUUGCCCGAGGAGCCGCCUCUCAGCCUCGACUCGGAGCUGGGGCCUGAAGAGAGAACGCUCGUGCCAGGUACAGUUGGCCACAUUAACAUCUUGGAAAUCGCCAGCCGCAUCAUGUCAACCCUGUACGGUGCCCGACCCCUGCUCGCAGCCGAAAAGGAGUCAUGCGUCAUAUCUUUCGAGAGCGAGCUCGAAGCUUGGCUUGAGAAGACGCCGAGCUUCUUCCACUCGGACCAAAUGAGCGACAAGGGCGUUUUCUAUAGCGUGUCCUGGCUCUUCAAGAGGCAACAAAGAACGAUCCGCUCGGCCUACUGCUUCACCAAGAUGCUCCUGUAUCGGUCGUUUCUACUCGACGAUUUGACCAACCGGUCGAUUGGCACGCCUUCAUCCGAGCAGCCGCAGCUGAGCGAGUACAGCCACAAGUGCCGCAGUGCCGCCGUCGCGAUGGCUGAGCUUGCUGCCGAGUUUUCAAGCGACGAGACGUAUAACCCCGUCUUCUGGGGCACCUCGCACUCGAUCUUCUGUGCCAUUGCCGUUCUUGUUGUCUCGUUCCUCUUAUUUGAUGAUCGGUCUCAGCUGGAGCCCAUAAUUGAAAAUGCCAUGAAGGCGCACAUGCGCCUAACAAUGCCGAACAGUCCCCAACGGCAGCGGCUUCUGGAGGUGAGUAAACACACGCUAGGUUCCCCAAACGCCUUGUACGUGGCAACUCACCCGCCAAACGACGAACGCGUUCUCGACAAUGCAUUGGGGAACGGCACCGGCGCGCAGCAGUACGCAAACGAGAUAUGGAGGUUGGCAGACGCACCUCCAAUGCGUCGCGGCCCUUCUCAGUCGAUCGCCCCUCCGGCCUCUCUUAGUGCCGUGGACUUACUCAAUGGCCCAACUACAUUAAGCAUAGCGGAUGGCCAGGCCAUUUCAGAAAUGAGCCUAGAUACAGCAACAGCAGAUCUCGAGUCUGGAUUACAGAUGAUGUUUGAUAUCGGCUUCGACAAGGUUACGUUUGGGGGCGACUUUUCUGGGCUGUACUAA